AUGUCUAUGAAUUUAUCAUUAGAAAAGAAUAAGUUAUUUUUACACGAUUUACAAUCAAACCAAACAAAUUCAUCAUUUGUUCAUACACAGAAAAACUACCUGAAUGACAGGAAUUUUGAUAAUUCAUCAGAAAAAUAUAUAGAUUAUGAUAUGAGUUCAAAUUAUUCUAUUAUUGGCUUUAAUUCAGAAGAAUCCUUUCCAACUCUUAAAUCAUCUAUUGCUUCUGCUACAAAAAAAUCUAAGACAGAAAAUAUAAAUAUUUCAAAAAGCAAUUCAGAUGAGAACAAAAAAAAACAUAUGGCGGUUCCUUUAAUUAAAACGACUAUUGAAACUAUACGACUUGAAGCUAGUCAAAGAAUGCCUUUAAAAGAAUUUGGUAGCAAAUCUAGUGUAGGAGAAAUUGCUCGUCAAAUUAUGGAAGAGACACAUACCCAUAUUGAUAUCUCAACCGCAAGAAAAACAGGAAUAACAACAUUUUUAGUCCGUGGAAAGCCAGAAGAUGUUCAUCAUGCUCGUAGAAUGUUAAUGAAAGAAUUAAGUCAAAAGGUUACUAUAAAAUUAUUAGUUCCUUUAAAUACACUUGGCUUUAUAAUUGGUAGCAAAGGAAAGGUUUUAAAUAAUAUUAUUGAGAAAUCUGGAGCUAAAAUACAAUUUCCAAAACGCAACAUUUCAAGAGAUCUUCCUUGUAAUAAUGCAAAUGAUGAGUAUAAUGAUGAGACAGUAGAAAUUAUUAUUAGUGGGGAUGUUGAAGCAGCGGAAUCUGCAAAAAAAGAAAUAGAAGCGAUAGUAGAAGAAAGGACAUCUCAUAUAACUGUAAAAAUUACUUCAAUAAAUCCAAAAUUUUAUGGUUUAAUAUCAAGUACAAACAAUUCAAGAAUUCAAGAAUGGAUUCAAGAUAAGGAUCUAAAAAUAGAUAUACCCUCACCUUAUUUGGAAUCUGACUCAGAAAAGUUAAAGCCUAUUAUAAUUUCCGGUGAAAAAAAUCUAGUUAAUAAUGUAAAAACUGAGAUUGAGGCUAUAUAUUCUGAGCUUGAAUCUACAACUGUAUCAGCUUCUAUUGUUAUUUCAAAGCGAUUACAUAAGUAUCUUGAUGAAAAAUUAUUACAAGAUAUUUUAUCUCGACUAAAAUGUUCUGUAAUAAUUCCUCCAUAUUCCUCACCGUCCGAAAAUUUAUUGAUUUCUGGUAUCCCAUCAUUUAUUGGAGAAACCAUUCAAUGUCUUAUGGAAAAAGCUAAUUCUAUAUGUUUGGAUAUGUUGGAUAUUACUAAAGCACAUCCUUCAGCUUCUGAUCAUAUUGCUCAUGCUAGAGAUAUUACUAGAUAUUUUUUAAAAAAAAAAGAGAUUGUAAGAAUAGAAAAAGAAUAUCAAAUACAGAUUACAUUACCUUCUAUGGAUACAUUAUUAAAACAAAAUCUGACUUCUAUUGUAUAUGAAUUCGCCGGAGAAAAUGCAGGAAAUGUUAAAAAUGCUAAAAAAGAGAUUAUAAUGUUAAUUAAUUCAUAUCCUCCAUACCGUAUUUUAAGACUAAAUCUUGAUCCAUUGCUACAUUGUCAUAUAAUUGGUCAGAAAGGAAGAAAUCUGCAAAAAAUAAGAGAACAAUAUUUUAUAGAUAUACUUUUUUCAAAUGAAGAUUCUUUCAAUUCCGAAAUUGUUCUUAUAUAUGAAGGGAGACCAGGAGAAAAAUUACCAUCUGCACCUACUAUUCAACUGACACUUGAGAAAGUUGCAGAAUUACUUAAAAAAACUGCAACAGAAAUGGCUGAUAUUAUUUCUCGUGAUAUUUAUAUUCCUGAUAAAUAUCACAAAUAUAUAUUGGGUCCUAAGGGCUCAACAUUAAAUUCUAUUAUAAAAGAUUCAAAUUCAAUAGUUAAAGUUAAAUUUUCAACUGCUAAACCUAGAAAGUUUGAUAACACUGUUGUUGAAGAAAAUAUGGUUAAUGUAAGAGGUGUAUCAUUUGGAGUAGAAUAUGUUAUUAAAGAAAUUGAAAAAAUUGUAGAGAAUUUAAAGUUUCAAGAUCAGAAUUCAUAUUCACUAACUUUUGAUUUUCCACAAAAGUUUUUAAAAGAUUUAUUUGAUAAAGGACAUAACAAUAUUUCAAAGAUAAGAGAACUCAAUGUUAAAAUGACAACUGAAGAGGGGAAAAUUACAAUCCAAGGAGCUAAAAAUAAUGUUGAAGAAGCAAAAUCACAUAUUCAGGAAUUUAUAAAAAAAUUAGAUGAACAAACAGUACUUCAUUUAUCAAUUCCGGUAAAACAUCAUGGUAGUCUUAUCGGUCAAGGUGGGAAGUUUGUGAAAAGACUUGAAGAAAAAUAUCAAGUUAAAAUAAACUUCCCUCGUGAAAAUUUAGAAAAUAAAGAUGCUGAUAAUAAGAAAUCAGAAGCAAAAGAUGAGGUUACAAUUCGUGGAGAUAAAAAUGGUGUAACCUUAGCAAAAUUAGAAUUAUUGGAUCUUUUAGAUUAUGAAAAGGAGCAUGGAAAUACAGUUACUUUUACAGUUCCCAUGUUUACUAUUGCUCAAAUAUUAGGUAAAGCAGGAAAUAAUAUCAAUGAAUUAAAAAAUGAGACUGAAACUCGUAUUGAAAUUGAAAAAUCUACAUCCGAUGAUCCAUCUGCUUUGGCAACUAUUUUUAUUCAAGGCACUAAAGAUGGAAUCAAAAGAGCUAAAAAUUCUAUUCUUGAUACCGUUAAGACUAUCCAAGAUCAGGUUACUCGUACUAUUUUUGUUAAUAGAAAAUAUCAUCGUACUCUUAUAGGGCCUGGUGGAAGUACUUUACGUAAUAUUAUAACUGAAUGUGGUGCAGUUGGUGAUCGUUCUCAACUCGCAAAAAUAAUUCAGUUUCCAAAGCCAGAAAAAAAGUCAGAUGAAAUUGUAAUUGCUGGUAAUAAAGAACUAGUGGAUAAAAUUAUAGAAAAAAUUAAUUCUAUGGUAAAAGAAAUUGAAGAAAAAAUAACUCUUAUUAUACCUGUACCAUUAUCAAAAAUGAAAACAAUAGUUGGUAAAGAAGGAAACGUACGGAAAGAGCUUGAAAGCAAAUAUUCUGUAGUGAUCAAAAUUCCCAAAAAACCAAAAGAUAGCACAGAAAAAAAUGCGCAAAUUAAAGUUAUAGGAAAAAAAGAACAAGUAGACAAAGCAGCAAAAGAAAUAAAUACCUUUAUAAAAAUAGAAAACAGCUCUGAAAUUAAUAUACCUUUAAAAUGCCAUCCAUAUAUUUCUGAAAAUGGAAUAUUUGCUCGUCGCAUGAAAACUUUAUAUGGAGUAAUAUUAGAAUAUCAUGAUGACUCGAUACCAAAAGAAAAAAUUGAAGAAAUAGACAUUGAUGAAAAAGUUUUGGAUGAAAAUCAAAAAUAUCCGUGGAGUGUUGUAAUGGAUUUGGAGGAAGAUAAAGAAAUUUCAUGGACAUUAAAGGGGAAAAUGGGGAACAUAGAACAAGUAAAAGAAAUUAUAAAUGCAGCACUUGAACAAAUGAAACAUCAUACAGCAACUGGCUAUCUUAAAGUGCCUCCAAACUAUUAUGGAAUAAUAAUAGGACAAGGAGGAUCAAGAAUAUCCCAGAUAAAAAGUGAAUCAGAUUGUUGUAUUAAUAUUCCUCGUACAAAUAACGGAAACCUUAUUACUUUAAGAGGCACUUUAGAUGGCCUCGAAAAAGCACGAUCAAUGAUUAUUAAUACUCUUGAUUAUAUAAAUAAUAAAGAUCUUUAA